AGUUCAAGCUUGUACCUCUCUGUUUUCUUAGCAGAUGUUCAUCGGAUCCCCUGGUCUUCCCAGCAACCUUUUUUUAUUAAAAAUGCCGAAAAAACUGUCCAACUGUGUCAAUGUUUGUUUAGCUGCACUCCCUGGCAAACUCUUGACUCUCUGUCUGUAUGUCAUCGAAAUGGUCUAUCUGAGAUCCAAAACAGUUCUAAAUGGAACACUGAACAGUCAAAAUGUUUCGGCUAAGUAUUAUUCUACCAUUACUCUGCGUUAUCUCAGCCAACGGAGAUUACUACACGGCUAUUAGUGAACUGGAAAGACUACUCGACGUGGAGGCUUUUAUAGUAGAAAAGUUCGAUGAGUAUCUUGAAAGGGCUCAGCAAGAGCAGAAAAACUUAAAAAGAUUUUUGGAUCAUAUUGAAGAGCAGCAAAAUGAUCGUGGCGAUCUCGAGGACUACUUUGGCAAUCCCCUCAAUGCCUUCAUCACCAUCAGACGCCUCGUUCAUGACUGGAAGUUCAACGUAUUCGAUCCUGUUUUUAACUCCAGUAAUUUUGAGACAUACAAGAGCACCCUGAGUGAUUCUCUCGAGAAGAUCAACAUCAAAGCACCCACUCAGGAGGAUCUCAACGGAGCCACUCGCGCUCUUCUCCGGCUGCAGAAUGUCUACCAACUGAACACGGACCACCUCGCUUCUGGAGUGCUCCUUCCUGGCGAAAAGAACCCAUUGAACAUCUCGUUGAGUGCAAGUGACUGCUUUGAGCUGGGCAAGAAUCUCUGCCAGAUAAAGGAGUACUCCUACGGAUCCGAAUGGCUAUUGGAGGCCAGAAAGAAAUGGCACAGUAACCCAUUGGGUGUUAUAUCACCCAAUGUGAGCGAUGUCGAGAUUCUAGAGCACCUUUCACCCGCCUUCAAUGGCUUGGGAAAUCUAAAGUUAGCUCAUAAGUUAAACAAUGAAUUACUGGAUAAGAAGCCCGAUCAUGAGGAGGCUCUCAGGAACAAGUUACUCUACGAAGGCCAAUUGGCUAAGGAGCGAAGUUUAGUUCCCAGAAAGCAAGUGGAUCUGCCUCAUGCAGCAGGAAAAAAGGAGCCCAAGGAGAGCUACAAGCUGUACACACAAGUCUGUCGCGGAGAACUCCAUCAAUCUCCCCGAGAGCAGCGGAAUCUUAGGUGCUGGCUUACCCACCAGGGAGUUCCCUACUAUCGUCUGGCACCUUUCAAAAUCGAGCAACUCAAUUUGGAUCCCUAUGUCGCCUACGUCCACGAAGUGCUGUGGGAUAGCGAGAUAGAUAUGAUCAUGCAACACGGCAAGGGUAAUAUGAAGCGGUCGAUGGUGGGUCAAUCCGGGAACUCCACCACAACUGAGAUCCGGACCAGCCAAAACACCUGGCUGUGGUACGAUGCGAAUCCCUGGCUGGCCAAGAUCAAGCAGCGACUGGAGGAUGUCACCGGACUGAGCACGGAGAGUGCGGAGCCGCUGCAGCUGGUCAACUACGGAAUCGGAGGACAGUACGAGCCGCACUUCGACUUCAUGGAGGACGAUGGUCAAAAGGUUUUCGGCUGGAAGGGUAACCGCCUGGCGACUGCUCUUUUCUACCUAAAUGAUGUGGCUCUGGGAGGAGCCACUGCCUUUCCCUUCCUCCGGCUGGCUGUUCCGCCUGUGAAGGGAAGUCUUCUAAUCUGGUACAAUCUACACAGUUCUACGCACAAGGACUUUCGCACGAAGCAUGCUGGUUGCCCCGUCCUUCAAGGAUCAAAGUGGAUUUGCAACGAAUGGUUCCAUGUGGGUGCUCAGGAAUUCCGGCGACCUUGUGGUUUGGUCAGCGAUGAAGGAAAGUUUUUGCAUUUGGAGAACAAAUAA